UAAUCUUUGAAUUUGAGCUGUUUGUUCACAAAUACAGUUUAGUAAACUGCAAUUAUAACUGAUUGCUUUUUAUGUUGGCCAGUUAAACUCCUCCCUCUCUCAGAUUAAAUCCAACACACCUGUUAGAGCUGCUGAUGUUUUUAGCAACAAAAGGGGCCCCUAAGUCAGAUUCUGCUCCAGGCCUCAUCCAGCCUUGGACCGGCCCUGCAUGAUGAGAUCACACAGACCCAGACCAGUCCAUGGAGGGACACACACCUGUUUCUGAAAACCCUCAUGCGGAGUUCGGCCUGACGGAGAACCUGCAGCGGACGGUGGAGAACGAGAAGGCGACCGCAGAGAAGCUGUCCAAGCAGAAGGUGGACCUGCAGGCGCUGCCGACUCGGGCCUACCUGGACCAGACCGUGGUUCCCAUCCUGCUGCAGGGCCUGUCCGUCCUGGCCAAGGAGAGGCCUCCCAACCCUAUCGAAUAUCUGGCAGCGUUCCUGCUGAAGAACAAAUCCCAGUUCGAGGAGCGGAGCUAAAUCUGUUUUAGAAUCCAGAAUAAACGUAUUAAAAAUGGAAA